AACAGUUCUAAAUAAAAUCCAAUCAAGCCCUGAAGACAGUGAGAGAAGAGCACAUCUUGGACCUGACGCCGUGAUAUCAACAGCCAUUGUGCCAGUCUCUGAAAAUAUGAGCGAUGAGAGUCCAAUGAAAUGGGAAAGUCCUCUCAGAAAAGAGCUCCAGACAGAUGAGGACUCUGUUGUUGACCCUCCAAUGCACAGUGCUGAGGGGAACACUGAAGCUGGUAAUAAGGGUGUUUCACACAUGGUUUCGGCUGAUGCCUUUGUACUCUCAUCAGGAGAAAUGAAGGAUGUUUUUAAUAAGGAAAAGGAAAGCCCUCAUGAUUGUGAGCUCCAAAAACCUGAGGACUUUUCUGUAUGUCUUACAGAGAGUGAGAAAGCUCUUCCUGCAGUUAGUGACCAAAAGGAAAAAAUGGCUGAUUUUGCUAAAAAGCCUGAAACUUGCCGAGAGGCAUCAUGUGUGACAUCAUCUGCAUCUCAAGAGAAUACUGUGCUGUUUAGGAGAGGCAAAUUGCAAGUGAAGCCAAAAAUCCCCAAAACAACAUCUACUAAAGAUGAUUUCUCAAGACCUUCGCAAUCUCACUUUGGGUAUAGCGAUCCAGCCACAGCUCUAAUCAUUAAACCAGCACAUCUGAUUAAAGAAGAAUCCAUUAAAGUGGAACAGAGGUCUGAUCAAGAAGAUUUCUCUGAUAUUCCAAAAGAGGAGUUCGACGGAGAGCCUUCUGUGAUUGCUUCGUCCUCACAACUUCAACAGCUUAUACCAAAAACAACAGCAUGCACUGAAUUGCAACCAGAGGAACUGAAAAUAGAGGAUGGGCAUGAGGAUGCUGCACACGUGGUGGUGUCUGAUAUAUCGGUGCCGGUUUCUGCUGAAAUGGAAGAUGGUGAUCAUAUGGCGAGUGGAAGUUCCAUCCAAAGCAGUCUUCACAUGGGUGCCGUCGCUACAGAAGAAGACCAGGAAAAGCAUUCACAUGAGGGUGUUUCACACAUACUGCUGACUGAUAUAUUGCUCCCCGUCUGUGAGGACAUGAAAGAUGAUCUGAGCAAGGAAAGGACAACAACUGGAAAGAGAAGCCCACUUGUGGCAGAAAGAUCACAGGUGAGAGAGGAUCCAGAUACUGUACACCUGUCAUGUGCAGUGACACAAUCAUCAAACGAGGGACCAUCAGUAUCACCCAAGAGGAAAAGACAGACUCAGGCAAAAGGCAAGUUAUUGGUAGAGAUGACGUUUCCCAAAAGGAAGACUGGAGAUUCCCCUAAGAGUGACGAGCAAUCACAAACCAUUCCUUCGUCAACCUUAAUGUCAGAGUCAACACAAUGUAGUGCUGAGACAUGUGCUGGCUUGCUGCCCAUUGGCUCAGAGGACCGUGAGGAGGCAUGUGGGAGUGUUUCUCACAUGGUGCUCUCUGAUAUUUUGGUGCCUGUAUUGGAUGAGACUGCAGAAUGCAGCCUUCACAAAGACUCUUUCCCAGCUGGUCUUAGAGAAGAUGCAGUUAGUGUCGAGAAGUCAAAAGAUAUUGAAAGACCAACAAAUACUGAAACAGAAGAGAUGGCUGCGAGUCAGUCUGUGGCAGUGGAAUGGAAAACAGCUGGCUGUAGGAGAGGCACACUGCAUCCUGAAUUAUCAAAAAGAAAAGAUGACUCUUUAGAAACUGACCUCCGUCAGCCCACCUCUACACAGACCCUUUCAGCUACACCUCAGCAGUCCCUGGACCCUCAAGCAGCAGAGUGGUCCCUCAAAAGCAAUAUGCUGCCCAUGGACUCAGAUGAGAUGGAGAACUGGUGUGAAGGAGUUUCCCACAUGUUGCUGUCAGAUGCAUUUGUGCCUGUUUCUGAAGAGAUUGGAGAGAACAGCAUGGACCUGAAAGUGUGUGUCUCAAGCAUUCCUCAUAAGGAUGAACAAAUCGCUCUUAGUCCGACAAAGAGUGAGGAGACAACCUCUGAAAUUUCAAGUGAAGUACACCAGUUAGACACUACUUCUGACACUACUUCUGACAUGCCAAAGUCAGAUGAGAGUCUGCCAGCAUCACAAGCAAAAAACUCACCAACAAGAAGUACAUUUCAGAUGACAUUAAGAUCACCUGAAAGACGCCUUAAAGGUCAACCUUGUGUGCUAAAGUCAACCCAAGCUGCCCCGACAACACCUCAACGAACUCAGACAUCAAAACUGAAAGAGUCCAUGGGAACUCCAACAAGACAACAAACAGGAGAGAUCUCAAGUGUGUGUCGGAUACAGCUAGAAAGGUUAUCUGUAGAGGAAAUCUGCAGUGCCCAUAGUGUCCUGCAACCAAAGCAUCACAGCACACCUGUCACUGUGAAAACCCCUUCUAGAGGGAAUGAGAUGCAUCAGGCAUCUAUGGUUUUGAAUGGAAGCAGAAGCUCUGGUUUAGAAUCCGAUGCUGAUGAGGAGCCGUCUGUGCCGUCAGGAUACUCGCCAAGGGUUGUCCUUCAUCGUAUACCAUUAACAGCUACUGAUGAGAACACGUCCACACCUACCUCGUCCCCAGCCAGAGUAUCCACCACACCCUCCCGAACAUCAGCAGAUCAUCAGUCUCCUCAGAAUAGCCCUCCUGUCUCUGAUUUGGAUGCUGAUAAGAAUCCUGUUCAAGUGUCCCACUUCUUACUGGAUGACAUCUUCACUGAAGUUGUGGAUUCGGAUUGAUUCUUAUUUGGGAUGUUCUGGUUCAAUUUCCCUGCUACUAUUCCAGUUCAUUGCACUAGAGUGAAUGAUGUGUAACACUGUUACACUUCUAAUUCUAAUUCUAAUUCUAAUGCACCUGUUAGAGAAUUGUUGGUAAUAUAAUUUAUUUAAUUAAAUUAUGUUAAUGAAGGAAAAACAUGUAUUAAUUUACUUACUGAUUUUCAGUUUAAAUAUAUUGUUCAGUGCAAAUAUAUUUGUUUUUAUGGGGACUGUGUUUCUUUUUU